GGGUACCUGGCACACAGCCUGGCCAUCCUGACGGAUGCAGCUCACCUCCUGACAGACUUUGCCAGCAUCAUGAUCAGCCUCUUUGCACUCUGGGUGUCCUCACGCCCACCCACAAAAACCAUGAACUUCGGCUGGCACCGGGCAGAGAUCCUGGGGGCCCUGCUCUCCGUGCUCUCCAUCUGGGUGGUCACGGGGGUCCUGGUCUACCUGGCAGCCCAACGCCUGCUCUCAGGUGACUACGACAUUGAGGGUGGGGUCAUGCUCAUCACCUCCGCCUGCGCCGUGGCCGUCAACAUCGUGAUGGGGUUGGCUCUGCACCAGACAGGGCACGGGCACAGCCAUGGGGCAGCCGGCGAGCAGCCCAGCGCCAGCGUCCGCGCCGCCUUCGUCCACGUCGUGGGGGACCUGCUGCAGAGUGUCGGUGUCCUCAUCGCGUCCUACAUCAUCUUCUUCAAGCCCAAUUACAAGUUCGUGGAUCCCAUCUGCACCUUCCUCUUCUCCGCGCUGGUGCUGGGGACAACGCUGACCAUCCUGCGUGAUGUCCUCCUCGUCCUCAUGGAAGGGACCCCCAAAGGGAUGGAUUUCAACGCGGUGCGGGAGACGCUGCUGGCGGUGCGGGGGGUGGAGGCCGUGCACAGCCUCCACAUCUGGGCGCUGACGGCGGCACAGCCCCUGCUCUCGGUGCACAUUGCCAUCAACGCGGCUGCCAGCGCGCAGGAGGUGCUGGAGGAGGCCAGCUCCCGGCUGCAGGGCACCUUCCACUUCCACACCACCACCAUCCAGGUGGAGAGCUACUCCGAGGAGAUGAGGGACUGCCGGGAAUGCCAGCCCCCCCGCGACUGACUCCUCUGCUGGCUUCCCAGGGGAAACUUCUUAUGUGUGGAAAAUAAAGCAGAGCACAGGGGUG